CACUAAUAUAUCACUAAUAUCACUAAUUUUAACUGAACUGUUGAAGUAAUUACUUCAAGGAAAACUCUACACCUCUUCUUUUGUAUAUCCGUGACCUGGAGAUCGCUGUUAUGAAUAGAAUUUAGUGAAACAAAAAUUCGAAAAAAGAUCCAUAUUAUUGUGCUCUUGAAUAUAAAUUUUGUUUUGGCUUACAAGGUCUAGAAACAGAAGAGCUACAAGUAGAUUUCUGUUGUUGUUUCUUGUAACCUUCAGCUAGAGCUACAAGGCUAAUGAUAAUGUCCUUUUUGCUAUAAAUAUAUGCUAUCAUAGCUUCUUCUAUUGUAUUGUAACACUGUAAGAGUGAGGAUCUGGAUCAGCAUAUGCUAUACCUGUACUUAUACCUAUAUCUAUACUUAUUUCAAUAUAUUUUCUAUUACAAAUUCAUCCACUCGUUCCUCUAUCAGACAACCUCAACAUGAGCAAUUUUAGCAUGUCUAUAUUGCGUGUUACUUCAUAAUUAUGUCAUUGUCUAGCAAACAGAAGUAAAACUUAUAGACACGAACAUUUUACAUGGUAUAUAAUUAUGUGACAAAACAUAAAUUUGAGAGGGACAAAGAUAUAAAUGUAUACAUUUUUUAAUGGAACAUAUUUCAUUUUUCACUGAUUAUGUAGAUGAAUUCAGGAAGCAAAAAUUUUAGAUACGUAUUCUCUUUUUUCAAAAAUUAUUAAACGUAAAAGUUAUAAGCAAUUAAAAAUUAAACAAUCCGAACAUUUCGGAUCACGUACCGAAUAUAUCCAAAGAACAUGACAUCACAAGUGUGCGACAGCGCUACACAACUCGCUUUCUUAGUUCGCUAUACAACACUGUACUGGCGCGCGUACACACCAGAGCAUGAUCGAGUACGUAUACGAUCAUGAAGAAAGGCAUACUCGUGAUAUCACAAGGAUAGAUGGCAAUCAAGAAACGCACAUUUCAACGCCACUCAAAUAUCAGCAAAGUUUUAAUUUAUUUACUUUGAUUCUCAAUUUAUUAAGUAAAUAUAUGUAACGAAAACAUGACCUAAUUGUUUCUAGUAAUCCAAAGUUUUGUUUUCACUAGUAUUUUUAACCAAGAAGAAUGCAAUAACCGGAAUUAAAAUAUACAUUUCUUAAAAUAAAAUAUAAAAUCAAAUAGAGAAAGAUUUUUCUACGAGAAAAUUUCUUCGCGAAAAGGAAAAGAAAGUGAAUUUCUACUAUCAUAAAAUAAUACGGAAGUAAUAUAUUACACGCGGUCUCGCUAUCCAUCAUUCAAAUAGAAAAGAAAGAAAUAGCUUUCUUGCUGUCUCAUAAUCGAUUUAAUAUGUACAAUGAUUAAAUUUAUAUCUUUUGACAGGAGCUUCAUAAUGUAGUAGGAUUAUCGUGCAACUAUUCAUGCAACUCGAUAAAUCGUGCUUAUGAACCAUGGUACCGAUACAUGCAGUUAUAAUUGCAAAAUUUAGAGCAACAUUAAUAUUUCAUGUCGGUAGGAAAACGUAGGAAAUUCUUACCGUAUUAUCCUUAGGCUAUUAGUGUACUGUAAUUAUCUGUGCGUGUAUUUGUGCAGCGAGAAGCCAACUUAAUCGGUAGAGUUUGCGUGUUCUCCAUGUCACCGAUGUCCCCGUGCAAUAAAUCGGAAAGGAAUGGUCCUCCUCCUCCGAGAUAUUCCGUUACUACAGUUCCUUCCUGCACUUCGUUCGAGACAGAUCAAAGGAAUAGUAACUUAAAUCCAGUGUUAUUAAAAAACAAAAUAUCUUGAUUUUAAAAAAAAAUUUAAUAUAUUUCAAACAUGAUGCGACGAAAAAGGGGUGGUUUAAAGACUGUGCGAAAGAUGGCUAAAAAGACAACACCGGCGGCAUUACAAACUGAAAUUUCUAAUAACGAGGAAUGGGAGAAGCUUCUUACAAAACCAGGGUUAAUAGUGGUCGACAUAUAUUCAGAAUGGAGUGGACCCUGCACAGGGAUGGUAAGCACCCUUAAAAAAAUCAAAAUGGAAAUUGGAGGAGAUACGUUGAGUUACGCCAUGGCAAUGUGCGAUUAUAUCACGAACUUAGAACGUUUUCAAGGGAAAAGUGAACCAACAUGGAUGUUCAUACACAAUGGUCGAAUGGUAAAUCUUAUAUUUGGUGCUGACUGCCCACAAUUAUUAAAAGUAUUAACAAUGGAAUUGCAACGAGUACAAAAUAACGAGGAACACGAGUUUUCUUUAGAUGUAUCGGAAAGAAGUCCAGAAGAAAUAAAACGAUUAAAAAUUAUUGAAGAAACUAGAAUAGCUAAAGAAACAGCAAAGAAGGCUCGAAAAGAAGCGGAAGCUAUAGCACGAUAUGAAGCCGAAAUGUUGUAUCUGACUACUUCACUAAGCAAAGAAACUUGCCUUUUACUUUUUCCGUGGGUUUUUAAGGAUGAAGAAUGUCAUAAAAGAGAUAAAAGAUCUAGCCCUCCGUACAUAGAAUUGGUUGAAGAAAUACUAAUAGGAAAUUACACCGUCGAACAAGAAAUACGGAAACGACUCGAUGAAGAUAUUCUAUCUACGAUGUUUAAUGAAUCUCAUUACGUAUUAUCACCAAAUGCUAAACAACUACUUCUAGAUGGGAAAUGUAUGUUUAUGCGAUUAAAAGUUAGCGAAACAAAGCCAGAAAUUGAUAUUCAUAAAUACUUGUUAAAUCUUUUAUUUGGAGAACCGGAAUUACCCAAUACGGAAACAAUUCUAAAUGAAGAAUGUUACGCUGGUCGACAUCGUCCUGCGUAUAUAACAAGCGAAAAUGAAAUUUUUCCAAUCGUAUGGACACCACCAAAUUGUCGAAAUAAGGCAAUUGUUUUUCGCACUAUUUUUCCAACAUAUACCAAUACUACAUAUCACUAUGAAGAUAAAACUACAAAGGUACCUAUAGUAGUAUUCAAAUAUGACUACAUGAGAAAGAAUGAGCUGAAAAUGGUUUUACAAGAAUUUGAAGACGAAAUAGUUAACUUCGGCAUUUUUGAAUCUGAUAAGCCACUAGAAGCAAAACUUAUAGCAAGGAAUAUUACGGAAUUUGAAUUGAAUACAAGGGAAAGAACAGGAUACGAGAUAUUUGUAUGUGUUGUAAAAAAGGUAGGAUGUGAAGCGUUUUUAGGAUUUGCAGGUAUUGGACCUUAUCAUGUAAGUGAAAAUCUGGAAAAGGGUAUAGAGGAAUCAAAACAAUACUUCCCAGAUGUUACUACUUCUGAAGAAACACAAUCAGACGACGAAGAAAAACCGGAAGAGUUGAUAGAAAAUGCGGAAGAAAACAAAAAUGGAACGUGAAAUAUUUCUUACAGGUGUAUCUAAAUUUGCAUCUUAUUUGAAAUUAUAAUUUCAAUUGUAUAUUUCAUAAAAAGUGAAGGAAUUAAUAACAUACAAAAAUGUUGUUGUGAAGCCAACAUUUAUUUUCCAGCCGCCUAAACUUGUUAUAUGAAAGAAUGUAGAAAUAAACACAUUUUCUAAAUAUUGCAAGUCAAUGUAAGGUUAUGGUACAAUAAAUGAUGGCAAAUAAACAAAA